AGCCCCACCCCUUGCACUGCCCGGAGUGCGGCCGUCCGCCACUGCUCCGGGAUUCUGAGCCUUCUGAGGACCUGCAGGACGCGCAGGACCUUGCUGUGUCACCUGCGGCCGCAAAGGGCCCGCCCGGAGCAAAGAACAUGCUGGCUGUGCACUUUGAUAAGCCGGGAGGACCAGAAAACCUUUACUUGAAGGAAGUGGCCAAGCCAAGCCCAGGGGAGGGUGAAGUCCUCCUGAAGGUGGCAGCCAGCGCCCUGAACCGGGCGGACUUACUCCAGAGACAAGGCCAGUAUGACCCACCCCCAGGAGCCAGCAACAUUUUGGGACUCGAGGCAUCUGGACAUGUGGCAGAGCUGGGGCCUGGCUGCCAGGGACACUGGAAGAUCAGGGACCCAGCUAUGGUUCUGCUGCCUAGUGGGGGCCAGGCUCAGUACGUCACUGUCCCUGAAGGGCUCCUCAUGGCGAUCCCGGCAGGACUGACCAUGUCCCAGGCUGCAGCCAUCCCAGAGGCCUGGCUCACUGCCUUCCAGCUGUUACAUCUCUUGGGAAAUGUUCAGGCUGGAGACUCUGUGCUAAUCCACGCAGGAGCGAGUGGUGUGGGCACAGCUGCCAUCCAACUUGCCCGGAUGGCUGGAGCUACUCCUCUGGUCACAGCUGGCUCCCAGCACAAGCUUCAAAUGGCAGGAAAGCUUGGAGCAGCUGCUGGAUUCAAUUACAGAGAAGAGGAUUUUUCUGAAGCAACACUGAAAUUCACCAAAGGUGCUGGAGUCAACCUUAUUCUAGACUGCAUAGGUGGCUCCUACUGGGAGAAAAAUGUCAACUGCCUGGCUCUUGAUGGUCGCUGGGUUCUCUAUGGUCUGCUGGGAGGAGCUGACGUCAGUGGGCCUCUGUUUUCAAAGCUACUUUUUAAAAGAGGAAGCCUGAUCACCAGUCUGCUAAGAUCUAGGGACAAAAAGUACAAACAGAUGCUGGUGAAGGCUUUCACAGAGCAAAUUCUGCCCCACUUCUCCACGGAGGACCCUCAACGUUUACUGCCGGUUGUGGACAGAGUCUACCCCAUGACUGAAAUCCAAGAAGCCCAUGCGUACAUGGAGGCCAACAAGAACGUGGGCAAAAUCGUCCUGGAGCUGCCCCAGUGAAGGAGGAGGGGCAGUAGAGGACAAGGCUACCUUAUGUCCUCCAAGAGCAAACUUGGAGAAAAUUCACUGUGCGUAGUCAGGCGACCUGGUGCUACCCCAGGCUCGCCUGUAACCCCCAUUCCUCCCCCAGCCUCCAAUGAUCAGUGUAAAGCUAUUCUAAUAAAGAGUGGACUUGAA